CUCCUCCCUCUGUGCGCGCCCCCCGCAGCCUGACAGCGUGCGCGCCCCCGCCUCAUUAGCCGCCGCCUGGAGCGCGCAAUGCGCAGCCUCAGUUCCUUGUUGAAGAUGGCGGCUGAUAAACAGAAGCAUCAUGACGGGAGGGUAAAGAUCGGCCACUACAUCCUGGGGGACACGCUCGGGGUGGGCACCUUCGGCAAAGUAAAGAUUGGCAAACAUGAACUAACUGGGCACAAGGUGGCUGUGAAGAUACUGAACAGACAGAAGAUUAGAAGCCUUGAUGUGGUGGGAAAGAUUCGGAGGGAGAUUCAGAACCUGAAACUCUUCAGACAUCCUCAUAUCAUUAAGUUGUACCAGGUGAUAAGUACACCGACGGAUAUCUUCAUGGUAAUGGAGCAUGUCGCUGGCGGGGAGCUCUUUGAUUACAUAUGUAAAAAUGGAAAGUUGGAUGAGAAGGAAUCCCGGCGUUUAUUCCAGCAAAUCCUUUCUGGUGUGGACUAUUGCCACAGGCACAUGGUGGUGCACAGAGACUUGAAACCAGAAAAUGUUCUUCUUGAUGCACAUAUGAAUGCGAAGAUAGCAGAUUUUGGCCUAUCAAACAUGAUGGCUGAUGGAGAGUUUUUAAGGACAAGCUGCGGUUCUCCUAAUUAUGCUGCACCAGAAGUAAUAUCAGGACGGCUCUAUGCUGGCCCAGAAGUGGACAUAUGGAGCAGCGGUGUGAUCCUCUACGCGUUACUGUGUGGGACGCUUCCGUUUGACGAUGACCAUGUGCCAACCCUAUUCAAGAAGAUCUGUGAUGGCAUUUUCUACACGCCUCAGUAUUUGAACCCCUGCGUCAUCGGCCUUCUCAAGCACAUGCUGCUCGUAGACCCCAUGAAGAGGGCAACAAUCAAAGAUAUCCGAGAACAUGAGUGGUUUAAACAGGAUCUCCCAAAGUACUUGUUUCCAGAAGAUCCCACGUACAGUACAAACAUGAUAGAUGAUGAAGCCUUAAAGGAAGUGUGUGAUAAGUGCGAGUGCACGGAGGAGGAAGUGCUGAGCUGCCUGUACAGUCGCAAUCACCAGGACCCAUUAGCAGUUGCUUAUCAUCUGAUCAUAGACAACAGACGAAUAAUGAAUGAGGCUAAAGAUUUUUAUUUAGCUACAAGUCCCCCGGAUUCAUUUGUUGAUGAACUACAUACACCCCGCCCGCAUCCAGAAAGAGUGCCGUUCUUGGUAGCCGAGUCCCCACGCCAGAGACAUACUCUUGACGAGUUAAACCCGCAGAAAUCGAAGCACCAAGUCGGAGUUAGAAGAGCCAAGUGGCACCUAGGGAUUCGGAGUCAGAGCCGUCCGAACGACAUCAUGGCGGAGGUCUGCAGAGCAAUGAAACAGUUGGGCUAUGAGUGGAAGAUAGUGAAUCCAUACUAUCUACGCGUCAGGAGAAAAAACCCAGUAACCAGUAUGUACACUAAGAUGAGCCUGCAGCUGUACCAAGUGGACAGCAGAACGUACCUGCUUGACUUCCGCAGUAUUGAUGAUGAAGUUACUGAAACCAAAUCUGAAAGUGCCACCCCCAGACGUUCAGGUUCCCUGAGCAAUUACCGGCCACCCCAGAAAAGCGACUCUGAUGCCGAAGGCCAGACAAAGUCAUCUGAUGGUUCUGUCCCUUCAUCCCUGACCUCAUCUGUAGACUCCUCCAACACGGACUUGGUCCCUCGGCCAGGAAGCCAUACUAUAGAGUUCUUUGAAAUGUGUGCUAAUUUAAUAAAGAUCCUUGCACGCUCAGAAAGAAGAGACUUGCCAUGUACAUCCUGUACAGGAGGAUGACCACUUCUACCAGGAAAAAGCCAAACCAGCUUGCCGGAUGAGAUAAAGCCAUAGUUGAGGGACCCGGCAGGAUGCCAGAAAGAUAACGCAAUAGUAAGUCAGUAAGAAUUGGCGUAGAACAGACAAGUCAAUACAUUAAUUUUGGGAAGGUGGACAAACCUCUUACGCACUGAAGUGGCAGGAGCUGCUAACCGCUCAAGAGUUCUCACAAUAAACCGCUUCUUACCUUUUCUCUAUAGGAAGACCUAAUACUUCAUAGAAGUAAUGCAUUCCUUAUGCCUAUAGAGCUGUGAAACUUGAAUAUUGCAUUACACAAUGAUUUACAUUUUAAGAUUAUCAUGUUAAAUGUUUAGUGACCUUUAAAUUAAACGUUUUCAUUUAAUCCAUUAGAGAAAUAUUUAAUAGUACCUUUACGGAGAGCUUCAGCCACAGGCUGAAAUCCUUAGGUGGUAGCAGCAGGUUCAACGUGCAGAUUGUAACUUACAAAGAAGCCUGUGUGAUGAAACAUUAUUGUACUUGUUAAGGUGGUUAUCUGGUGGUUUUAACGAUUAACGAUAUCAAUGUGCACGCAGCAUUCUCACCAGGGCUAUCCUUUCUUCAGGUACUGUCACACGGCUACAACAUGCUGCCAUUAUUAUAGCUGCUUCUCCUCCUGGGCCAAAUGGAACAGCCUGUUGCAGAAAGUGGAAUUUUGAUAUGAGAUUUAAAGCAGCAAUUGUUUUAAAGGCAAAAGUUAUGCCUUAAGCAAUUCGCGCUUUAAGGGUGCCAUUCAAUAGUUUGUGUGACUUUACUGCCUGUCUAAAGUGCCUGAGAGCUAUUCAUUUAUUUGGGUGGCCAGCUCCAUGGCUGCACUUGUUGCGGAUUCUGCCCACACCCGCCAGGUGAAGUAGGGCUUCGGGCUGGGCACAAUUGGCGGGCUGCAGUUACUGCGCUUGGCACAGUAGAAACCGCUCAACAUAUACUGUGCAUUCCCUUGCGAGAAAGGGGCCAGCAUGAGAAUUGAAUAGCUCUCGCGCACUUAGCCUGGCAGCUAAAUUCCCGACCAUCAACUGAAUCGCCCUCUAAAUCACUGAAAUUUUAGAACUCUCCGCAACCUGCAGGCUUUUAAUGUUUGCUACAGUCUAUUUUACUCCUGCAAAAUGCUGAGGUGAAACGGGACGACUUCAGGAAUCUAGAUUACAAUGAAAGAUGCAACGCAGUGAUUUAAGGCUCAGCUUCAUCUGCUUUUUAUAGCCCUAUGACAUUUAUUCUUGGUGUCACUGGGUUCGUAAUCCAUAUGCUGCGUUCAUACGAAGAUCUUAAUAAGCCUACGCAAUGCCGGCCUCUACUGGGCACAUUUAAAAUAGUUUUAGAAAGAACUAAUGUGUUUGCAGCAUUUCUGUUAAUGGAUUACAUGGAAAAGUUGAAGCCAUUCUUGAACCAAGGAAAUUAUUUUAAUGCACAAUUAUUAUUAUUUGUAUUUGCAUUUCUAUUCUGUAUUCUAUAAUCUCUUAUCCUAUGUUUUAGAGAGACUGAUGAUAUUUCAAGUAGUGUUUGCCUUUGCAGCUAUGGUGGAUGGCAAUGUAACAUCAUGUGGCAGGCUCUUGAUGCAAAGCGUUGA